AUGGACGGCAUUAGCAUCAACCUGGCUCAACAAGCCGACCCCAAAGGGGCGCCUAGCACUCUCCGGAUCUACGGCAACGACACUUAUCAGACAAAGUUUCGGCGAUCUCGACCCAUCGAUGCCCCUCGUGCUCGAUAUACCGGAUUCAAGAAUGAGACCAUAACUCUUAGAUCGGGCACCAUUCGUCGUGAGGGUGCGCUUGCUCUGACUUGCGACAUUGUCUUCGAGCGUGAUGUUGCCGUCACCCUUCGAGAUGGAACCACCAUCUACGCCGACAUCUUUCGCCCCACAGGGGACGAGAAGGUCCCGGCAAUCGUUGCCUGGAGCCCCUAUGGCAAGCAGGUUGGUGGUAUGUCCCUCGACGAUGUUCCUCAUCGCGUGGGUGUCCCGCUCAGUGCCACCUCUGGGCUGGAAAAGUUCCAAGGACCAGACCCAGCCUACUGGGUUGCCCAAGGAUACGCCAUCCUCCACCCCGACACUCGCGGUGCUUAUGCCUCUGAAGGAAAUGUCACCUUCUGGGGUCGUCAGCUGGCGGAGGAUGGGUACGAUUUCAUCGAGUGGGCUGCCCAACAGUCUUGGAGCUCUGGGAAACUGGCCCUGUCUGGGAAUUCAUGGCUGGCCGUCUCGCAGUGGUACAUUGCUGCAGAGCGCCCGCCUCACUUGGCUGCCAUUGCCCCCUGGGAAGGGCUUGCGGACCCCUUCCGGGACAUGGUGAACAGAGGCGGGAUCCCCAACCUCGCGUCUACCGAGGCAGUAAUUGCAACAUGUAUGGCCGGUAAUACUUUUGUCGAGGAUAUGCCCCAAAUGGCCAUAGACCAUCCAACGAUAAACGAGUACUGGGAGGAUAAAGUUGCUCGUCUCGACCGCAUAACGGUUCCAGCGUACGUUGUCUCGAGUUACUCCAACCCGGUCCAUACACGUGGUACACUUGCUGGCUUCCGAUCCAUCCGCUCAAAAGACAAAUGGCUGAGAAUCCAUAACACGUUUGAGUCUCCCGACUAUUACAACCCUGAGAAUGUUAGGGAUUUUAGAAAGUUCCUUGAUUACUAUCUGAAAGGGGACAAGAAUGACUGGCAAGCCAUUCCACGAGUAAGGCUGUCGAUCCUUGACCCAGGACAUGAAGACACUGUGAAUCGUCCCGUGGAGGAAUGGCCGGUCCCUGGAUAUCCUGUCGAGAAGUUCUACCUUCAUGCAGACCAGACUCUGUCCAAUGAACCUACGACUACAAGCAGUAACCUCUCAUACGAGACCGAGACGGAGAACAGUCGUAUUACUUUUACACAUGCCUUCGAAAAGAAGUCUGAGGUGGUCGGAUACAUAAACCUUCACUUGUGGGUUGAAGCCAUCGGCUCUGACGACAUGGACCUCCUAGUCUUGGCCGAGAAGCGCGACAAGGAUGGGAACGUGCUGCCAAACGCGGCUGGAGAGGCCUCGAGCACCACCGGACUCCUACGCGUCUCACACCGGGCAUUGGAUCCCGACCUCUCGACAGAGCUUGAGCCCCGGCUCACACACAAGAAAGAGGAACUCCUGUCGCCGGGGCAGAUCGUCCGGGUAGAGAUUGGGCUGUGGCCGACGGCGUUACGGUUCCACCCUGGCGAGCAGCUCGUGUUAACCGUCCAAGCGGCCCCCAAGGCGCCUACAAAGUUGGAUCUGGGGUUUGGUGUUGCCAAGAUCCCCGUUCCGGCUCGCGGCGGAACAUUCAAGCCCGGCGAGAAGGUCGAGAUUAUUGAGCUCGGAGGCGGGAUAGAUUCGCAGCCGGAGUUUGUCAACGCACAGCGGGUUGAGACGCCGGCGAGCCGGAACAAGGGGACACACGUGUUUCAUCUAGGUGGAGAGUAUGAAAGUGUCUUGCUUGUGCCUCUGGCUGAAGUUUCGUGA